AUGUCGAGAUUUACCAAAGCAUUACAAGAGUUUGUUGCAUCCAAAACCGAUUUUGCAGUUGUCUACUCAACAGUCGCCUCUACGAACCAACAAUCGGCUUUAAUAACGUCAAAAACACAGCGUGUAUGUGUAUUAGAUUCGUCCUUCAAUCCUCCGCAUUUGGGUCACUAUGCGCUAGUUGAAGAGCUGUUGAAGUCGAAUUACGAUCAAAUCCCUAUAGGGAAUAAGAGUUUGCUUUUGCUACUAUCAAUUCAGAAUGCUGAUAAAAAUACCGCGCAUUUGUCAUUGGAAGCACUUGAGCACCGAAUUGAUAUGAUUUAUUUGAUGGCAAAUGAUGUAGCUAAAAGAUUCCCAAUCAAUGUUUCAAUUGGAUUGAUCAAGCACGCCAAAUUUGUCGAUAAGUCGCUAUCAAUUGCGAAUCAUAUUGAAGCUCGAUACCCAAACAUUCUACGUUCUGGUUUCAAGUUGACUUUUUUGAUUGGGUUCGAUACAUUGAUACGAAUUUUGAAUCCAAAAUAUUAUCUUCCUGAUAAGUUAUCCAAUUCAUUGGAACACUUUAUGAAAAUUACUGACUUGUUUUGCUUAACCAGACAAGAUGGAACUACUAGUAUAACUCAACAACAGGGGUACAUUAAGGAGAUUUCGAGUGGGGAACACGAGGAUAUUCCCAGCCAUUGGUCAAACAAUAUAUUUUUGUUGAAAAAUUUGAAUGAGGAUAUCGCCAAUAUUAGUAGUUCAAGUAUCAGGAGAGAAAUAAGCAGAGGAGCAAGAAGAGGAGCUACUGGAAAAGAGGAAUGGAACAAGCACGUAAUUCCUGAAAUUGCCCAGUAUAUUGAAGAAAAGAACCUAUACAAGUCAUAG